CACCCUCCCUGCCCCCUCGCCCCUCCCGCGGCCUGUGCCUGGAGGCCUCGCUGCUCUGCCCUCAGCUGGGCCUGCUCUGCCUGCCCCGUCCCUCGCCCCCUCGGGUCUUGUUCUCCUUCACGGCCUCCUUCCCUAAUCUGCACCCCAAAACUCUUCUCUGAACUGCACCCUAAACCCUUCCCUAAUCUGCAUCCCAAACCCUUCUCUCAACUGCACCCCAAACCCUUCCCUGACUGCACCCCAAACCCUUCCCUAAUCUGCACCCCAAACCCUUCCCUACUCUGCACCCCAAACUCUUCCCUACUCUGCACCCCAAACUCUUCCUUAAUCUGCAUCCCAAACCCUUUUCUGAACUGCACCCCAAACUCUUCCCUAAUCUGCACCCCAAGCCCUUCCUUAAUCUGCACCCCAAGCCCUUCCUUAAUCUGCACCCAAACCCUUCCCUAAUCCGCACCCCAAACCCUUCCCUAAUCCGCACCCCAAAACUUUCCCUAAUCCGCACCCCAAACCUUUCCCCAAUCUGCACCCCAAACCUUUCCCCGAUCUGCACCCCAAACUCUUCCUUUCCUUCCUUCCCCACCCGCCAGUAAUAACGAUACCUAUUUUGAUCUUUAUUAAUCACCUACAGUGUGCCGACCAUUGUGCUGAGCGCUGGGAUAUCUCUGUGAACUUACCAAUACCCAGAACCCAAGUGAAAAACCACUUUUCCUAGGAGACCAUCACCAGAAAUAUUUGUAUCUUGCUGGGCUUCAAGGAUCUCAGUCCCCAAAUCCGUGAAACCCUGAAACCUGGUUUGAUCCUCAGAGUGUGUUGGAGGCCCAAACCAGUGCUAAUCAGCGCUACUUCUCUGGAGGACUCUCCCAUUCCGGGACCCUUGCGGGAAGCCCCGUACCCUUGACUCUGCCUCUGGGUCUUCGGCCUCGGAUCGGCCACGCGACCCGACUCCUCCGAGGGGAAUCGUUGUGAAUCCUGCCUUCCCGCCGUCGUCCCCAUGGAGGCUUCCAAGAAGCUGGUGAAUUCGGUGAUCGGCUGUGCUGACGACGCCCUGGCCGGCCUGGUGGCCUGUAACCCCGACCUGCAGAUCCUCCGGGGGCACAGGGUAGCCUUGCGCUCCGACCUGGAGAGUCUGAAGGGCCGCGUGGCGCUGCUCUCCGGAGGAGGGUCGGGGCACGAGCCCGCCCAUGCAGGUUUCGUAGGGAAGGGGAUGCUGACCGGAGUCAUCGCCGGAGCCGUGUUCACCUCCCCGGCGGUGGGCAGCAUCUUGGCAGCGAUCCAGGCGGUGUCCCAGGCCGGCACGGUGGGGACUCUCCUCAUCGUGAAGAACUACACUGGAGACCGGCUGAACUUCGGGCUGGCCCUGGAGCAGGCCCGGAGUGAAGGCAUUGCCGUGGAGAUGGUCGUCGUCGGGGACGACAGCGCCUUCGCUGUCCAGAAGAAGGCAGGCCGGAGGGGUCUGUGCGGGACGGUUCUCAUCCACAAGGUGGCUGGGGCUCUAGCCGAGGCCGGCGUGGGACUGGAGGAGAUUGCGCGCCAAGUGAGGGCAGCCGCGGGUGCCAUGGGAACCUUGGGCGUGAGCCUGUCUUCCUGCAGCGUGCCCGGCUCCAGGCCCACCUUCCAGCUUGGCCCAGAGGAGAUGGAGUUGGGCCUGGGGAUCCACGGGGAGGCCGGGGUGCAGAGGAUAAAGAUGGCGACAUCAGACGAGGUCGUGAAAACCAUGAUCGACCACAUGACGAGCCCCGCCAAUGCUUCCCGGGUCCCGGUCGAGGCCGGCUCCUCCGUGGUGCUGGUGGUGAACAACCUGGGUGGCCUGUCCUUUCUGGAGCUGGGCGUCGUGGCCGAUUCUGCCGUCCGCUGCCUGGAGGCCCGAGGGGUGAAGAUCGCCCGCGCCUUGGUGGGCACCUUCAUGUCAGCCCUGGAGAUGGCGGGGAUCUCCCUCACCCUCCUGCUGGUGGACGACCCCCUCCUGAAGUUGAUCGAUGCCGAGACGACCGCGGCCGCCUGGCCCAACGUGGCCAAGGUCCCCGUGUCGGGACGCCAGCGGAGCAGGGCGGCCCCCGCCGAGAGGCCCAGGGCCGAGGAGCCGGCUGCCUCGGAAGGCCCAGCCUGCCAGCAGUCAGCCAGGAUCCUGGAGCGGGUGUGCGCCACCCUUCUGGAGCUGGAGGAACAGCUGAACGCCCUGGACCGGGCCGCCGGCGACGGGGACUGCGGCACCACCCACAGCAGAGCCGCCAGAGCGAUCCGAGAGUGGCUGAAGGAAGGGCCGGUCCCCGCCCAGCCGGCCCGACUGCUCUCUGGCUUGGCCCGGCUGCUGCUGGAGAAGAUGGGGGGUUCGUCGGGAGCACUCUACGGCCUGUUCCUGACGGCGGCUGCGCGGCCCCUGAAGGCCCGCGCUGACCUCCCGGCCUGGGCCGCCGCCAUGGACGCCGGGCUGGAGGCCGUGCGGCGGUACGGGAAAGCUGCUCCCGGGGACAGGACCAUGCUGGACUCCCUCUGGGCCGCAGGCCAGGAACUCCACGCCUUGCAGACCCCUGGGGCCGACUUGCUGCAAGUGCUGGCCAAGGCAGUCGAGAGGGCCGAGGCCGCCGCCGACGCCACCAAGCAGAUGGAAGCUGGAGCGGGCCGGGCCAGUUACAUCGGCUCCUCCCGCCUGGAUCAGCCUGACCCCGGGGCUGUAGCAGCAGCAGCCAUCCUUCGAGCCAUUCUGGAGGCCCUCCGGGGCCACAGUGCGUGACCCUCUUCCUCCUCCUCCUCCUCUCGUGCCCCUCUGCCCAUCACCCUCUCCACCCACCCUCCCCUCCCUCCAGAACCCGGGGCUUCUCACCCUUCCGGCUCGUAGUCCCUGCGCUCCUCCUCUUCUGAGCACCAUUUCUACCUUCCAUCGCCAUCUCGUUUUAUGAGUGCAACCCCUAUCUUCUCACCCCCCCGGAAGUUAGCCGGAACUCUCCAGCCCACAUCAGAGACUCCGAUGACUGAGAAGCAAGGAUUGCAUCCCAUUUCCCCAGAGGUGGUCCCAAGCAGCAGCCCGGCCUCUGGAGGCUCCGCCGCCAACACCAGUCUACCCACCCACUAAGAUCCUCCCCUAGUCCAGCCUUCUCCCUCGUGAUUGUCCUUCGCGGUCCAAGAUGACACGUCUGAAGGUGAAAUUCACCCGGCGGGAGGUGUGUGGUUGGAAAAGACAAUGCUGGACUCACAGCCCUGGCCACUCCGGGCACCAAAAUAGUCUGUCCCUCGUGUAAUGUUUAAUGUUUGCGGCACCUGGUGCUGUCUGCUCCUUGUCUCCUUCGUUCUUUGCAAAACUUUGGCUCCCGAAGAGCCUCUCCUUCUUGAUAAACCUUUGACCGUAGGCCCAGCUCCGAUCCUGGCUUCCUUCACCUUUUAUCCCCCGCCCCCUCACCGGCCCUGAGCUUCAUUAAUGGGGUAUUUUCUCUCCUGGUAACUACUCGUUCUUUAGCCAACAAGGCUAAUUUGUUUUUUAGAAUGCCUGAUCAGAUAUUGGGGGGGGGGGGGGGGUCAUGGUUUUUUUGGCCUGUUACUGUUCUUUUCCCGUAAAGCAGCAGCCAAUAAAUCAUGUCAGAGAAGCACAAACAGCA